UACUAUCGCUUUUUUUUUUAACUGUGGCUAGUGAAUUAUUUUUCAUGUCUUGAUGUUGUUGUGGAAAUACCAAGCACACCUUCCUUCUUCACUCUUUGUUUUUUCUUGCUAUUUUUCUGAGCACAAACCAUGCUUGCCUCGCUCGUUUCGCGCGCUUCGGUGCGCCUGGCUGUGCGCACGCCCAGCACCUCGGCCUCGCAGCAGCAGCAGCAGCCACGGCGCCUGAUGUCCGACAAGCUGUUUGUGCACCGCGAUGCCGGCGUGUACAAGGACGAGCCGUUCGAGUUCACCGCUGAAAACCUCACGCGUGCUGCCUCGAUCAUUGCCAUCUACCCGCCAAAGCACCAGGCUGCAGCGACCAUCCCGCUGCUCGAUCUGGCCCAGCGACAGCACGGCUGGCUCCCCCUCUCAGCCAUGAACACGGUCGCCAAGAUGCUCGACAUGGCCCCCAUCCGCGUCUACGAGACGGCCUCCUUCUACACCAUGUUCAAUCGAGAGAAGAUCGGCAAGUACCACGUCCAAGUGUGCACAACGACCCCUUGCUUGCUGGGCGGCUGCGGCUCGGACAAGAUCAUGAAGGCCGUCCAGAAGAACCUCGGCGUCCACCCUGGCGGCACUACUAGCGACGGUCUGUUCACCUUCACCGAGGUCGAGUGCCUUGGUGCCUGCGUCAACGCGCCCAUGAUCCAGAUCAACGACGAUUUCUAUGAGGACCUCACUCCAGAGACCACCGAACAAAUUCUCGAUGGAUUCCGCCGAGGCGAUCGGCCAAAGCCCGGCCCACAAAAGGAUCCCGCUACUGGCAAGCUGCGCAAGUCGUGCGAGCCUGUCGAUGGCCUGACAACGCUCAAGGAGAAGCCAACAGGUCCCGGCUUUGGUGUUCGCGCAGAUCUUUAAAUAGGUAGUCAAAAUCUGUGUAGAGAAGAAUCUUAAGCGGACUUGCUGGACUCCCCCGCCAUCGCUGAAAUUUUCUCCCUAUCUGUGCCUUGUUCUUUUCGUUCUGUGUCAUGUGAUUUUUAUAAAUGUACAUCUGCGUUGUGUUUUU